AUGUUUUCUUAUCAUGUGUUUGCUUUCUUUCCUAUCAUUUUCCCAUUUUUUCCUUUCUUUCUUUUACACUGUUUUCCAUUUCCUUCUUUCCUUAUGACUGUUUUUCAUUUUUUGUUGGCUUCUUGUUUGCUUGUCCCUUUCCUUUACUCCGUCGUCCCCCCUGAUAGUUCUUAUCUUUUUCUUUAUUUGUAUUUCUUUCUUUAUCGACCUUUAUAUUACUCAAAUCUUAUUUCGUCUUUGCUUUUUUUUUUCUCUUUCAUUCUUUCUUUCUUUCUUUCUUUCUUUCUUUCUUUUACAUGGGUUUCAUUGGGACCGCGGACAUUCUGUUCUAAUCUAUCUAUCUAUCUAUCUAUCUAUCUAUCUAUCUAUCUAUCUGUUACGGUAUAUCUAUCUAUCUAUCUAUCUAUCUAUCUGGGAAUUUUUAAUAUCCUACCACGACAACAUCGACCACCAUCAUCAACAUCAUCAUCAUCUCUUAAAAAUAUUCCUUUCCUUUUCAUCAUUUUCUUUUUCUUUCUCUCUUUGUUUCUUUCUUUGUUUCUUUCCUUCUUUCUUUUUCUUUCUUUCUUUCUUUCUUUCUUUCUUUCUUUCUUUCUUUCUUUCUUUCUUCUACGCCGGCAACGUCAACACAAUCGUUUUAUUUUUUCUCACUUCUUUUUCUUUUUAUUCCAAUUCAUUCUUUAUUUCUUCUUCGUUUCUUCUUCUUCUGUGGUUCCUUCUUUUACUUCAACCAUCGUCAUCAUCAUUGUUUUAUUUUCCUCGCCCCGCACUUCUUUGUUUCUUACUUUCUUCUUUUUUCAUAUUUUUCCGCUUUCUUCUUCUUCUUCUUCUUCUUUUUCUUCUUCAUCAUCUUCUUCUUCUUUUAAUUCUUUCUCUAUAUUCAUCCUUUAA